AAUAGAUCAAAGAAAAACUAACGUGGAAAAAUCAAUGAAAGUUGAAGAUUCAAAGGAACACUAAAACGAAUUGAUACACGACUCAAUUAAAAAUUCAAAGGAACAUUGAGACGAUCCUAGCGCAGCUCCGGCCAAAAGAUCCGUUGAUGUUUGUUCUCAGGUUCACAUUGCCUUUUUACAUUUUCGCUGCACUUGUUGUUCCACCAAUUCUCUUCAUAGGAAAAUCUUUGUAGGCUUGUGCUGGAAAUGCUCUGUGACUUGUGCUAAUAGUAUCACCAAAAGAAGUCAAAGAAUCAGAAAGCAUUAAUCUGGAUUUGCAGUUUGCACAUAUUGGCAGUAGUUUUCUUUUUUCAUUUUUCAAUUGUUAAACUAGAUGUCUAGAAGACCCCCACUCCCUCGUCUCCUCCUUAACAAUGUCUCUUGCAUGAGAAAUGCCCAGCAAGUUCUGCGCCAUGUGAAUGUCUCUCUUCAUGAUGGAGGGGCACUUGUGCUAACAGGUGCAAAUGGCUCGGGAAAGACAACUUUCCUGCGCAUGUUAGCUGGGUUUUCCCGCCCUUCUGCUGGUGAAAUCCUUUGGAAUGGACAUGACAUUCAACAAUCUACAAUAUUCCAUCAGUAUAAACUUCAGCUUAACUGGCUCUCUCUCAAGGAUGCCAUUGAUAAUAAGAUGUCAGUUCUUAACAAUGUACAAUGGUUUGAACUUCUUGAAAACAAGGAAGGGAAGGCUAUGGCUGCACUAGAGUUGAUGGGACUAGGAAGAUUAGCCAACGAAAAACCAAGGAUGCUAUCUAUGGGCCAGCGGAAAAGACUGCAACUUGCCAGAUUGCUGGCACUUGAUCGCCCCAUAUGGUUGCUAGAUGAGCCUUCAGUUGCACUAGAUGAUGACGGUGUGAAGUUACUUGAGUAUAUUAUUGCAGAACACAGGAAAUAUGGAGGAAUUGUGAUUGUGGCAACUCAUCUACCCAUUGAGAUAGAAGAUUCCUUAGUCUUGAGGCUUCCACCAAGGUUUCCAAGGAGGAUGACCCUUGUGGAUAUGCUUGACCGGGCAGAUAUCAGUUAAUUCCUAUUUUCGUUCACAUUCUCUUCAAAACAGGAUAGGUGUUGUAAUCAGCUUUGUGCAAAUGUCAUUUGUGACAAUUCAGUCAGGAUUCACAAUUGAGUUGUCUUUAUAUUGCAGUCGUAGUGCUGGUCAUGCUUGUAUACUUGUCUGAUGCCUUUGUUCUUGUAUCUUUCAUUUCAUAAAACAUUUUUAAGAGGCCCUGAAAAUCAUAUAUUCUGGGGGGACAUUCAGGCUUAAGCUAAGAAUGAAAUAAAAUUAUUAUUCUGCAUCUCAA